UCUAGUGACGCAAUAUUUUGCCGCAAAGUAUUUCGGGAAGUGUUCCGGAGAUAUUUGUAGGUUAAAUAUUAAAUUUUUAAGGAUUUUUGGAUAGAAAAUCGAAAGAAAAUGUUUCGGAAUAUCGCCAGAUCGGCUUUUAACAUGCGAAAUUUCGUGGCCACGCAAGCCAACAAACCACAUGCGGCAAUAUUAACUGCAAGAACCAUGUCUAAGAAAAAUACUGAAACAGAUGAAGAAUUUGAUGCAAGAUAUGAAGCUUAUUUCAACCGAAAAGAUAUUGAUGGCUGGGAGAUUCGCAAAGCAAUGAAUGAUCUUCAUGGCAUGGAUGUUGUUCCUGAACCUAAAAUAAUAAUAGCUGCUUUGAAAGCUUGUCGAAGAGUAAAUGAUUUUGCUCUUGCUGUUAGAUAUCUUGAAUCUUUAAAGGAUAAAGGUGGCAACAAAGCAAAAGAAAUAUAUCCCUAUCUUAUUCAAGAAAUUCAAUCAACAUUAACAGAACUUGGUAUUAGUACACCAGAAGAAUUGGGAUAUGACAAACCAGAAUUAUUUUUAGUUAGUCCAUUUGAUAUUCAUUAAUAAAAAUAUAUUUCAGAAAAUUCAAAAGAAGUGACUAUUUAGUAAAGAAUGCCAAAUCCAUUUUAAAAUGGAUUGAAAACUGUUAUAAUGUAUUUAGUCAUAAUUUUUAUUAUAUUAUGAUGUUUCCACGAGUAGAAUAAAAAUGUAAUUAAAAACA